AUGGAGUCAAAUCGCAAACGCGGAGGUUUCAUGAAGGGGAAGUUGAUGCCGUUCUACCGAGCUGCAAAACCUAUUUCGAAAACAAGUAUGCAAUAUAGUAGCAUCGCCAUAACAACAAGCAAGGUGAAGCCGAGCCAGGCUACUACUUCACCAGCUUACUCAGUUGGGUAUACAGUCCACGGCCAGGAUUACGUGAUUGCAGCAGCUCAGCCAAAGCAGAAGGUUUCGUUUAUACUUCCCGCAGGCGCUGCAGAUCAUCACACCAAAAACAGCCUCGUCAAGCAGCAGUACUUUGAUCAUUAUGGCGGUGCUGGUGACGAGGAUGUCGAUAUGAAGGCUGCCAGCUAUAUUUCCUCGGUUCAAGAACGUUUCAAGCUCGAACGGAUCAACUCUUGA